AUGAUGAUUUGGCUUCCUGGCGGACAAGACCUUAAUAUUGGUGCUGAGAGGUUCCGUUGUCCUGAAGUCCUAUUCCAUCCAUCAUUGGUCGGAAAGGGACCGAUAGGAAUCCAUGAAAAAGCUUAUAACUCAAUCAUGAAAAGUGAUGUUGGUAUUAGGAAGGAUUUAUUUGCAAACAUUGUGCUUAGUGGUGGCUCAACUUUGUUUCCUGGCAUAGUAGAACGCAUGAACAAGGAAAUCACUGCUGUUGCUCCAAGCAGCACAACGAUCGAGGUGGUUGCACCACCUGAGAGGAAGUACAUCACCUGGAUAGGAGGAUCAAUUCUAUCCCCUCCUUGUUCUAGUUUUUUGGUUAUUAGUAAUAAACAAGACAGGGGUCAUUAUCAAAUUCUCCACCACUGCAGAAGGUAA